AUGGAGUUCCCUUACAAAGUCAUCGAUCCUAAUGGGGAUGUACUGCUUGUGCUGCGGCAACAGGCAGGCCGGAUAUAUGCAACCCUAGUCAGAAAUGGUGGAAACUUCCUCUUCCUUCUGCCUCUCACAACUAACAUAUCUUUCAUUCUAGACGGACUGCCCCUAGAUCAUUCGAUUGCAACAUCCGAUCUUACCCCCGAGCCUCAGCGAACUGUCGCCUCUCAAUUCGGUUUCUCGACAUCAACACUUGUCAACGAAUCCAUUCACACAGUCUCGAGUGAAGAUCUUCCAACACUCAAUAAUGACGGGCCCACAGACCAGAUCCACCACUGCAUUCAAAUCCUUGUCUCGUCAAAACACCUUUGCUUCGCCUCGCGUCGCUUUCAGGAAGAGCUCUCACGGCUAGACACCAGAGCAGAACCGGCCGGCCUGCUGCCUUACAACCUUACAAACCUAGACGCCCUUUACAUCCUCCUCAACAUCUUGCAUUGCCGCAGUCGUCAAGUGCCCCGCCAAAUCAACCUCAACCUCCUUUGCAUGGUAGCAGAGUUGACCCAGCACUACGAUUGCCUCGAAGCCGUGGAGGCCUUUGCCAGGACUUGGCUUGAGAAUCUCCACGACUGCUUUCCAACGUCUUGCUCGCAUGAUCUAUCCCAGUGGGUGUUCAUUGCAUGGGCCUUUCGCCAUCAUGGCUUAUUUCGCCUAGUUACGGAAAUUGCACUGAGGGAGUCUACGGAGUCGAUAAGGACGAAAGGUCUAAGAAUCCCGGCGGGCCUGAUAAACCUCAUCAACAAAACCCGUCAAUAUCGCAUCGAAGAGAUUGUCUUCUCUUUGUACGAGCGCAUGGAAUACCUUCUCGAUCAUGAGUCGUGUUGUUCCGACUGCGAUCAGCUGAUGGUCGGGACACUCAUCCACCAGUUGAAGCCGCGCAACUUGUUCCCUCCACCUCAGGCUCCAUACAAGGGACUUAGUCUGAAUGCGGUGCUCAAGAUAGUCAAUGAGCUGAGAGAGUCCCGGUGCAAGGAAUUGAUCCACGACAAGAUCGGAUGCUCAGGGGCAAAGUGUUGGCUAAUUCCGGAGACGCGGACCUUGCUAAAAAGGAUCGAUGCAGAGAUCGUGGGCUUGCGAUUGGGAGACUACUUGGUUGACUGACUGGCAGCUACUGGCUUAGUGGUGGUGAAGGCCACUGAUAAGCGUUGGAUGGAGUAAGAAUAGCCGGCCGGGCUCGCUGAUUGAUCCAGGCACGCUGCCUGCUGUUCGUUCCCCUGUCGAUCCUCCGCUUUCCCAACCCUCGCCUGCCUUCCUCUGUCGGCUAUCCGAGAUAAGGAUCAUCAUCAAGCGUUGGACUACCUUGGUCACUCUGCAGGUUCGUUGGAUCAUAAUUCGCUUGUGUCUUUGACAAAGGCUGCGUUGUCUCUACCGGUAACUACACUUUCUGCACACUUUGUCGACAAUACAUUCUUCAGCCGUAAUCCAAUGUAUUUCUAGAUCACAAGCAGUGCAACCUCAUAUAUUUCCGGGCUGUCAUGCAUGCGCAGGU